UUUCGUUAAAGUCGUGUCGCGCAUCCACUCAAUAUUCGUAUAAUUUCUGCUGAAAUGCGCUUUGAUCAACAUAAUUCCUGGAGGCCUCUUCAUUCUGGCCCUGUUUUUCGCCAGACUCCAGAUUUCCAUAAAAUAUGAGAGCUAAUUGUGCUGACGUUGCUGGUGUUUUGGCUGCCAUUGCUUCCGUCCAGGCCGAAGACACAUCUUCGCUCGAGCAGUGCGCGGGUCGCAAAGAGUGUGCGAAGGAUGAAGAAUGCAAACGCGACUGCGGGUUGGGUUGUCUGGACGACCGAUGCAAGUGCCUACGCAAAGACGAGAAAAACCUAGAAGCAAAGAAAAAGUGCGAACGGGUACCAGAUAGCACAGCCCCAGGAAACGGCAGACCUGCCCACCAAAUGUACGUGCCCCCCUCAACAAACCACAACCAGCCCAAGCCUGCCGCUCCUGCUCGUGCCCCUGCCCGGUUCCCAUCCUUUGCUCCUGCGCCCGCCCCCGCCCCCGCCCCAGCACCCGUCGCAAACCCAGAGACGUCCAACGGACGCACCCACGGCCCGCACGACCAGCACCUUCGCACUAUCGUGCCAGCUAUAUCGAAGCCUGCCAAAGGAUAG